AGUGAGAAAGGGAUGGACCUGCCUUGCCUUCUGUACUUUAAAUGCCUUUGCACAGUACAGCUCUGUCAGACCUGGUAAGGUCAGAAGGCUUUUACUCCUGAAAGAAGAGGGCAUUUCAGCCUGAGUGUUACUGGCUUUUCAACAUGGAGGCAGAACACUGCAAAAUGAAUGGAGACCCCUUCCUGGAGUCUAUGUACAUUGAAGAACACACAAAUGAAAGUAGCUUCAUCUCUUUGAUUUUCUCUCUGAAAGAAGAAGUUGGGGCACUGGCUAAAGUUCUGCGCAUAUUUGAGGAAAAAGGUAUAAGCCUGACCCACAUUGAGUCCAGACCUUCCCGCCUCAACAAAGACGAGUAUGAAUUUUUCAUCAAUCUGGAUAGCAGAAACACUCCUUCUCUAGACAAGAUCAUCAGGACUUUGAGAAAUGAUAUCGGAGCAACUGUUCAUGAACUUUCCCGUACAAAGAAGAAGGAUACGGUGCCAUGGUUCCCUAGAAGUAUCCAGGAGCUUGACAGAUUUGCCAAUCAGAUCUUAAGCUAUGGAGCUGAGCUGGAUGCAGACCAUCCUGGAUUCAAAGAUCCUGUGUACCGAGCCCGGAGAAAGGAGUUUGCUGAUAUUGCCUACAACUACAGACAUGGGCAACCUAUCCCUGAAGUGACUUACACAGAGGAAGAAAAGAAAACAUGGAGCAUUGUCUUUCGGGAGCUAAAGACCCUUUAUCCAACCCACGCCUGCUAUGAGCACAACCAUGUAUUCCCAUUACUGGAAAAGUACUGUGGUUUCCAUGAGGAUAAUAUCCCACAACUUGAAGAUGUUUCCAGGUUCUUGCAAAGUUGCAGUGGAUUUCGCUUACGUCCUGUUGCUGGCCUGCUGUCAUCUCGGGAUUUCUUGGCUGGUUUAGCAUUCCGAGUGUUUCACUCUACACAGUACAUUCGUCACGGAUCCAAACCAAUGUACACCCCAGAACCUGACAUUUGCCAUGAACUCCUAGGACAUGUGCCUCUCUUUGCUGAUCCAAGCUUUGCUCAGUUUUCACAGGAAAUUGGACUUGCAUCUUUGGGAGCCCCGGAUGAAUACAUUGAAAAACUUGCUACGGUUUAUUGGUUUACUGUGGAAUUUGGGCUCUGUAGAGAAGGUGAUUCCAUAAAGGCCUAUGGUGCUGGGCUCCUCUCUUCAUUUGGCGAGUUACAGUACUGUUUAUCAGAUAAGCCUGAGGUUCAACCCCUGGUCCUAGAGAACACUGCAGUUCAGCCGUACCCUGUCACUGAGUUCCAGCCUAGAUACUAUGUUGCUGAAAGUUUUAAAGAUGCAAAGGAAAAAUUAAGAAAAUUUGCUUCAACAAUCCCUCGCCCUUUCUCUGUUCGUUACAAUCCAUACACCCAAAGGAUUGAGGUUCUGGACAAUGCAAAGCAGUUAAGGAAUUUAGCUGACACCAUCAACAAUGAGAUGGGAAUUCUUUGCAGUGCCCUCCAGAAGAUCAAAUGAAGCAUCUCUUAGAAGCCUGUCUGCUGAGAGACACUUGCAGAAGUGACUGUGUAUGAAUGCUAGUCUUCAUCUAGCUUCACAUUAGCAUCUCCCUGUAUAUUGUGUGCAAACUUAUAAAGAUAUGCAUUUUUCAAUUACUAUAGAUUAGCAGCAAAAGAAACUGGUGUCAAUGACACUGAACUCUAAA